UGUUUACUCCUGUUGGGAAUAAAGAGGAAGAACCCCUGUCGCUUCGCCUUCUUGGAUGCUCUGUGUAUUUAACACAGUAGGGUAACUGAAAAAUAAAAAUAUUUUUAAUUUUUUUUUAAAAAACAAAAAACGUUAUUUAUUGCGUCGCGUUUAGUAGUUUGCAUAAUGAGCGGGAUACCGGGGACACCCGUCGUCCAGAUAACCAACCUGUCCUCGGCCGUGAGCAGCGAGCAGAUGCGCACUCUCUUCGGUUUCCUGGGAGACAUCGAGGAGUUGCGGCUCUACCCGCCCGACAACGCCCCCCUCUCUUUCUCGUCCAAAGUGUGCUACAUAAAGUACCGAGACCCCUCCAGUGUUGGUGUGGCGCAACAUCUCACUAAUACUGUGUUUAUUGACAGAGCUUUGAUAGUAGUACCAUGUGCGGAAGGGAAAAUCCCAGAAGAGGCCAAGGCUUUGUCACUUUUGGCACCUGCCACUCCAGUACCCAGUCUGAUUCCUGGUGGGGGAUUGCUGCCAAUUCCUACUCCAGCUCCACUUCAGAAUCUGAACCUUCCCUUAUUGAAUCGACUUCCAGCCAAUCUCGACCCCUCGUCGUCAGUACUCGCCCAGCCGCCGCUCAUGGGAAAUGUGGAUCCCUCAAAAAUUGAUGAGAUCAGGAGGACAGUGUAUGUUGGCAACUUGAACUCACAGACCACCACUGCAGAGCAGCUGUUGGAAUUCUUUAAACAGGUGGGAGAUGUGAAGUUUGUCCGAAUGGCCGGAGAUGAGACCCAGCCAACUCGUUUUGCCUUUGUAGAGUUUGUUGAGCAAGAGUCUGUUGCCAGAGCCCUCACAUUAAAUGGAGUCAUGUUUGGAGACAGACCGCUGAAGGUUAAUCAUUCCAAUAACGCUAUUGUGAAACCCCCAGAGCUGACGCCUCAGGCUGCUGCUAAAGAGUUAGAAAAUGUGAUGAAGAGGGUGCGUGAAGCACAGUCUACCAUUGCUGCUGCCAUUGAACCUGAAACAAAGAAGCGUUCCUCCAGCCAGUCUCAAAGGUCACGCCGGUCACAUUCACGUUCACGCUCCCGUUCACACUCAAAGGCACGCCGGAAAAGAUCCCACUCAAAACACAGCAGAACAUCACAGAGGUUGCUGCCGGGCAGUGACUCACACAGUUCCCGAAGCAGUCACAGGAGACGCUCUCGCUCCAGAGACAGGAGACGCAGUCGGAGUCGCUCGAGUGUUGUUACCAGGGGGCACAAGCGCAGGAGUAAGGAUCGGUCAAGAAGCCCUCGAAGGAAAGCCAAAUCACCGUCACCAAAAAGAAGUAAAAGAGAGAAGAAGAGAGAACGCAGCAGGGACAGAAGGGACGGGUCCACGUCCAGAAAAAGGAGCCGCAAAGACGAGGACAGGAUAAGGAGCAAAGCCAAGCCAGGGAAGGCUGAAGCGAGGUAUGUCAGAGAAGGAAAGGAAGAAAGUGACAGAGAAGGCUCAGCCACACCAAGUGAGGACAUGACGUCAUCACCCUGCGCCCAGCAUAACGGCAGCUACAAGACUAACCACGAGGAGGAAGCAUAUGUUGGUGCAAAGUGACUUCAGCAACACCAUGGACACUAAUAUUGUUCAUCCAGGUAUCUUAUUGCCCAUUGUGUACGUGCGUGAGUGUGUGCGUGAGUGUGUACAUACAGAAGCACUGAAUGGCAUCUUACUUUUUUUUCUUUCCUAUUAUCAUCCCCUGACUGGUGACACACAUGGCUCCUCUAAAUCAGCCUAAUCUCACUAUCAAACCUUAAGGGCAAGUGAGUGCUCAGCAUCAUAGAGAAGGCCACACUUUUUCUGCUUAGCUAUUCCACUGACAACUUCUUCUUCUUCUUCUGCUUUUAUGUCCUUAUGGUAUAGGUUCGUAAACUUUUGACAGCUAGUAUAGUAGUACUGUAAUGUUCCCGCAUUUCCAGGAAGGUUGGUCACAUUCCAGAUACACAGAUGAGGAAUAGAGGUCAUACUCAUUUAUCGAUUCAUUUAAAGCUAGAUAUGUUAUUUGUGACUGUCACAUAUUUACAUAUUUAUUAACUGUAAAGUUGAGUACUUCAAAAACGUUUUGAAGUAAAAAUAAGCAGCAACAAUCUGCAGCAGGAGUCAAAUGUUUGUCUUAAAUUGUUUAGUGAGGAACAUAAAGGGUUCGUUGCAUGCCUGUCCUGUGUGAGAGCCAGAGUGAAAGCAGGGUUCCCAUAAUCUGAAUAUUAAAAAAAAAAAUAGCGUGAAAUCCCAUCUUAGACCCUCAACCUGAGUCUUUCUGUCAUCAUCAUGUUGGUGUUGUUAAACAGGACAUGGUGAGCAAGAAGGCGAUGCAAGUAAGAAACUGAAGGUUACACUCCUACACUAGAGACUGGUUAAUUAGAAGCUAGGCCUACCUUAAAGCAGCUAACUCUAAUUCUUUUCCCCCACAGACUUGUACACAGUCUGGCUUGUUUUUCCCAUUAUUUUUAAUGCGCUGGCUGUGGUCACACAAUGGCUGUGCGAGAAACUUCCCAUAUUUGGGUUUUCUUUUGCCUUUUCACUAAGUGAAGCAAUGGCACAUUAUAUAUGUGAUGUUUCAGGAAAUGGAUAAACACAAAGUCCCUUAGAGGAAUAUUGAGUUUAAAAUAACAUUUCUGCUUAUGCUGAAAAGUUCAUUUGCCCCUUUGUAUGUUGGUGAAGGAAAAUGUGGGCUGUGAUGUCAGUGAAGUUACCUUUAAGUCCCCUUUUUGCACCAUAUUUGUUUUAUGGUCCGGGAACGGUUGCAUCCUGCAAACUGCAUUUUAAUUUUAUGGCUUGAAGUGGCAUAGUGACAAGAUUAGAGAACGGUGUUAUCUUAUGCUGUGAACAGUGAACUCAUUUGGUUGUACAUCAUUGAAUCACUUUUUUUUAUUUCUGGUUAGCAGUUGCAACAAGGUCACAAAGUAUCACGUCCUGCUAUUGUUCUAAUACUGUGUGAGGAGAAAAAAAGUUAUAUACUGUUUUAUACUGUAUAUAAGUCACAUGCCUAUACUGUAAAAUAAUGGUGAUGUGCUAUAAAUGUCUGUCAGCUGAUGUUACUGGAGAAAGUGGGGCGAUUAAAGUUCUCAGAAGCAGCCAAGAAGAGACUGAACAGGAAACGUCAAAGGUCCACAAACUGCAUGUAAGCACAUUAGGGCCAAAAAGUGCCUACACUAAGAAAAAAUAUGGAGACUUGUUUAGGAUGUUGAAAACUAUCGAGACAUUAUAAUAAAGUUUUAGCUGUCCUCAUUAAUUCGUUACAGAGUAUACUAAUAAUUAAGUAGACCUAGACCUAUUUUUCUCAAUUUUUACUAUUUCAGUUUAUUCGGUUGAGUGUUUGCAAGCUGGCCCCAGAUUGAGAUCUAUUUGACUUUGUGUAUGUGUGUUUUCUGUUUUUUGAACGUGUUUUUAAAAGGAUACUUUAUGGCUGUGUGUGGCCAAAUUCCUCUUUGCUGGAUUUUACAGACCUGAUUUUAUGAUUGCUUGUAUUUUGUUGUCCUGCCUUCUGCCUUUUUUUUUUCUUACUUUGUUUUUA